UUAAGAACAAGAUAGGUUGGUUGACCCAAAACUCCAACACGCACAACCACAAGAUAUGAGUCGAAAGAGAGAGAAACCCUAUUUCUCCCGCCACGCGCCGUACAACUACCCCAAGCGCCGCCGCCCUCACCCCACCGACCCACCAAUCCACGACGACUACUUCCCGGACCAACCAUCACCCUCCCCCGGUCCCACCAACACCGCCGUCGUAAUCACCGGCCUCUCUUCCGCCUGCUCCGUACUCGAUCUCAAGUCCAGAUUCGAGAUCUACGGCCCGAUUUCCCGCACGCGCAUGGACUCUGACGGCGUUGCUUACGUCACUUUCCGGUCAAGAGAGUCAGCUGAAUCCGCUAUCUCGGCGUCUGUUGAUCCUUCGUUUGGCAUCACUCUCAAUUCCACUAGAGUACAAGUGAUGUGGGCGAGUGAUUCGGUGCCACAAUGGAGGGAAGGGGUUAAGAAAGCUUCUUCUUCGUCGUCAUCGAAGCUGUUGAGACCGGAGUUGCCCUUGAGCAGACAUGGAAGAGGGAGUAAGAUUGGGUCAGCAAUUGUGAACUCUAGAGAUGAAAAGAAUGAUGGUAAUGAAACUGUCAAGACUAGUGGAAGAAGAGAUUUGAAUGUGGCAUCUAGAGGUAGGGAAAUGGUUGCUUAUGAUGAUAUUUUGUAAUUUGAAACAUGAUUAUUUGAUGCUAAGAUGAUUCAUGCACAUCAAUUAUUGUAUAAUGCAUGUGGACCUUGAUUAGUUCUUUGAUUUUAGUUAGGGAUAUGUUUUGUUUGGUUUGGUUUUAUGUAAAAGUUGUGGUUAUUGGAAAUGUUUUAACUGA